AUGCCGCCUUAUAAACCGCCAGUACCCUGGCAACCACCGAAGAGGCAUUGGUCACGCGUGCACAUCGACUUCGCUGGCCCACUUAACGGAGUCUCCUACCUAAUCUUGGUUGACGCCUACUCGAAGUGGCCCGAGAUUGCUCCGCUGAAUCCAGCAACGGCAUCUGGCACUGUCGCCUUCCUACGACACAUCUUUAGCCAGCAUGGCUUACCAGAAGUCCUGGCUUCAGAUAAUGGUUCUGAGUUUACAUCGUCGACGUUUGAGAAUUUCUGCCGCCAGCACAACAUCCAGCAUCUACGUUCGCCGCCGUACCAUCCUCAGUCUAACGGUCAGGCGGAGCGUUUUGUCAACACUUUUAAGAGAGCCCUCGUAAAAGCUCGUGGGGAGGUGAACAGGAACGAGAUAUUCCAGGCGAUCCUGUUUUCCUACAGGACAACACCGAACCCGGCGUCCUCUGGUGGCGUUUCUCCUGCCGAAGCGUCGAUGGGCUGAGAACUGCGUACAGCAUUUCAUGUCCUCGUCCCUUCCGGUGCGCAGCCCGCGCAGACUUCUCCAGUCUCUCGCAGCAAGCUCGAGCGGGGUUCCCAGAUUGGAUUGAAGCAACUUUAGUAGCGCACAGAGGCAGUUUGUUGUUUGACGUCGACGUUGGUGAUGACAUCUGGGCUCGCCAUCACAACCAGAUCCGACGGCGACACUGCAGUAACAAUACUGUGCUCAUGUCGGCGCGGUCACUCCUCCUUGACAUCCUACUCGAAACCUUCGCCAUUCCGGCAGAUCGGUCGGUUAUCGAACCCACUGUUGCGCCCCCUUCGGAUAUUCAACCUUCGGUAUCACUCACCGCUCCCGUGUCUCCAGGCAAUAAACCACGACUAAGACGCCGGACCAACCGCGUACGCCGAUUAACACGGCUGAUGCAGGUCAACCCACGCCAGAAGCGGUACUGA